AGGUAAAAGGAAAAGGAAAAACCAGAGUCCGCUUCCAUAAUAAUAAGUGGAAGAAGAUGUCAUUCAGCAAUGGCGGAUUCUCCAAGUCCACCCCCACCUCCCCUCCAAUGUCGUCGUCUCUCGCUUCCCGCCUCCUCCUUAACUCCACCCCACGCCUCCUCCCUCGCUCCCUCCUCACCUCUCCUUCCCCUCUCUUCUCCUCCUCCUCCCGCCGGCCUCUCGAACUCCUCCCCUCCGCCUCUUCUCCCCUCCGAGCGAGGGUCUCCUUGUCGUCCUCUGUCGCCACCACCAUGGGAGACGCCGCUGAUGCCGCCAUGGACGCCGUCCAGAGACGCCUCAUGUUCGAGGACGAAUGCAUUCUUGUCGAUGAGAGCGAUCGAGUUGUCGGUCAUGAAUCGAAGUAUAACUGUCACUUGAUGGAAAAGAUCGAAUCGGAGAAUUUGUUGCAUAGAGCUUUCAGUGUGUUCUUGUUCAAUUCGAAGUAUGAGCUGCUUCUUCAGCAACGUUCUGCUACAAAGGUAACAUUCCCUCUUGUGUGGACAAACACCUGCUGCAGCCACCCGUUGUACCGGGAGUCUGAGCUUAUCGACGAGAAUGCCCUUGGAGUGAGGAAUGCUGCCCAGAGGAAGCUGUUGGACGAGCUGGGCAUCCCUGCCGAUGACGUCCCUGUCGAUCAAUUCAUCGCUUUAGGCAGAAUCCUGUACAAGGCACCCUCCGAUGGGAAGUGGGGAGAGCACGAACUUGAUUACUUGCUUUUCAUUGUAAGAGAUGUCGGUGUUCACCCCAACCAUGAUGAAGUCGCGGAUAUUAGGUAUGUAAACCGGGAACAGCUGAAAGAGCUGCUGAGAAAAGCUGAUGCUGGGGAGGAAGGCUUGAAGCUGUCCCCUUGGUUCAGACUAGUGGUGGACAAUUUCUUGUUCAGUUGGUGGGAUCACGUUGAGAAGGGGACCCUGAAAGAAGCUGUUGACAUGAAAACUAUUCACAAGUUGACUUGAGAGCGUGACAUUACCUGACCGUCAUGGCAUCUAGAGGUUCGUUCAAUAAGUUUGAUAGAGAAGAGUCCUGAAUAAGUAGCUCCUUGUUAAUAAAGUUGAAGAAGAUGAUCUCAAGUAAUUAGGCCUUCUGUUUUAAUGGUUAGCAUACUGCAUGUCUUUUCCGAAUAGAUCUGACCUAAAAGGCUCAGGCAGAGUCGUGUUCUAGUUCAGGCAGAGUCGUGUUCUAGUUCAGGCAUUGUUAUUCCUAGGCGUCGUUAUUCCCAAAUUUUCAUUGCCUUAAGGAGUGUCGAUGAUGUAUGUUACGUAAUUCAUUUGUAAGGCCGUAGAGUUACGUACUUUGUGUGUUGCAUCUCAUGAAAUUCGGCAUUUGGACUCAUGACCUUUCUCUUUGUUC